AUGGUUUCAACACGCGCAAGAUCCCUUGGGAACCAACCCGAAUCCUCUACCACCUCCGACGAUCACAAUGCCCGAUUGCAACAGUUAAACGAUCAAAUCCGUGAACGAGAGCAACAGUUAGCUAUUCUGCACGCGCAACAACGCCUCAACGGGUUGGGGGCACAGGUUCGCGAAGAUACUUUUAUCGAGUCCCGACCAACCCAGGAUAUCGCCGCAGAACCACCGCAAAAUCGACCCGCAGACAAUAUAGAUGAUGAUAACGAAACACCGCCGAGAUUGGAGAUUAAGGAUUACUAUCGAGGAAAGAAUAUGAUAGAAUUUAAGGACUAUAAAGAUCGCAUGUUGACUCUCUUUGCACGCCACCGUCGAUAUUAUCGAAAAGAAGAACGCAAGAUAAACGACGCCAAACUCUACCUUGAUGCCCACGUUAAGCAGAAGUGGUUGAAUUUUGUAUCAGCAUACGAGAGACGCGGAGGAGCAACACCGUUAACAUUCGACGAUAUGCUAUCACACCUAGAGAUGCAAAUUAACGACCCGCAGAAUCAGCGUCGAUUGGCGAGCCAAAGAUUCCAGGAUGCUAAGCAACAGGAGUGGCAAUCGAUACGCGACUUUUCUAAAUAUCUCGAAGAUUGGGAGUAUUACUUACCCCCAUACAGCGAGGAACAGAGAAUGGAUAACCUGCGUAGUAAGGCAUUGAAGGUGCUACGCACCGAGCUCGACCGUCGAAAUCAAGAACCCCAGAACUACGAAGAGUUGCUUCGAACUCUACAGACUCUCAAUUAUAAUAUUGCUAUCGCCACGUAUCUAUCGCCACGUAUCUAUUUCCUAAUAUAG